AUGAGCUUCCUCGGCAAUAAUAGCCCCAUCGGUUCGUUCGUGAACGACCGCGUGGAUUGGCUGCAUAUCUACAUCGCGGGCACGGCUUUUUUGGUCUGUGCUUUGAUUGCGGUCGUGCUUUCCCUGUCAUCCCGCAAGGGCAAGAUUAACUACGAUAGCGGGGUUUUUACCUAUGCGAAAUUCAUUUACGCCAAUUUCCUUAAGCCUCACCAGAAGAACGAGGAUGGUCAACAGGAUGCAUUGGAAAGCUUCUACAAGGCUCAGGCUGGUGUCUAUGAUGCUACCCGCAAGCGGCUUCUCCGUGGUCGAGAAGAUAUGUUGGGUCUGGUUGCAGCCCAGCUGAUGUUUAAAGCGGACAACAAAGAGCUCCAGGCUGGUAAAGCCAUCUGGGUUGAUAUUGGAGGUGGAACUGGGUACAACAUUGAGGCUAUGUCCGCGUUCCUACCAGUGCAGACAUUCUUUUCCCAUGUUUAUCUGGUGGACCUAUCUCCUUCUCUCUGCGAAGUUGCCCGCGAGCGGUUCCGACGAUUGGGAUGGAAGAAUGUCAGCGUGGUCUGUCAGGAUGCACGAUCCUUUCGUCUACCAGAAGAAGACCAUGUCGACCCUCGGGCGAAGUCCACAGCGGCAGAUACCGGCGCUGACGUCGUCACAAUGAGCUACAGUCUGUCGAUGAUACCAGAUUAUUAUAGCGUGAUCGACUCUUUGUCGAGCUUGCUGAAACCAUCGGGCCUUCUUGGUGUUUGUGACUUCUAUGUCCAGAGCAUUGUGGAUGUCUCUUCCCGCAAUUAUAUUGGCGGUGCCUUCAACCGCCAUGUCAACUGGCUGAGUCGAGUAUUCUGGAGGGCCUGGUUUGACGCAGACCGGGUUAGUUUGGAGGCUGCCCGCCGAGAUUACUUGGAAUAUCGGUUUGGUACCGUCGUUUCUGCUAGCGAGAGGAAUUAUCUUCUCGGUGGCAUCCCAUACUAUAUUUUUAUCGGCUGCCAGAAGGCCAUUGCAUCCAGCCAGACGAGCAGGGAUGCCAUUGAAAAGCUAGAUGCUUCUUUCACGGAAUCACCUUACCUGUCCCCGGCCAACCAUCGCAAGGAGAUGGACAAGGCUGUCGAGGCCAGUGCACAGGAGGUGCGGUCCAAGGCGUACGAGACCGCUGUUAUUAACCUGGGCUCGAACCUCCCUCUCCCAUCCUCAUUUUACCAGAACCAUCACUAUCGGAUCUUUUACAAUGAUCUGCUUCCAAAACACACACAAUUCCAGAAUGAGUACAUCUAUGCCUUCAAUUGGGAAGAUCCCCGCGUCGAUCAUCGUCUCCUUAAUAUCCAACGUGAUGAUGUGAUUCUGGCCAUCACGAGCGCGGGGGACAAUAUACUGGAUUAUUUACAGAAGAGCCCGCGGCGGGUGCAUGCGGUUGAUCUGAACCCGAAUCAGAACCAUCUCUUGGAGCUGAAGGUUGCUAGCUUUAUUGCCCUCGGCCACCGCGAUGUUUGGAAGAUCUUCGGCGAGGGAAAGCAUCCCGAAUUCCGUCGGUUGCUUAUUUCUCGCCUGAGCCCGCAUCUGUCAAGCCAGGCGUUUCAAUAUUGGCUGGAGCAUACUCAUGUUUUCACGUCCUCCUCUGGCAAAGGUCUCUAUGAGACUGGCGGAUCGCGUCAUGCGAUCAAGAUGGUCCGCUACCUAUUCAAAGUAUUUGGCAUCGAGAGCCAAGUGCGGCAACUAUGUGAGGCCCAGACCAUCGCUGAACAGCGGCAAAUUUGGCCACGCAUUCGCUCUGUCUUAAUGAGCAAACCUCUUCAUUGGGCCGUCGUUGGAACGGAAUGGUUCGCAUGGAAAGCCGCAGGCGUGCCUCGGAACCAAAGGAACAUGAUUAUUAAUGAUUUCUAUAAGCGGAAUGGCCUGACUGAAGAUAUGAAGAAAGCCAAAGAUAUUAGCGGCCAGUCGAUCUGGGAGUAUGUGGUCGACACGCUGGAUCCUGUGGUCAAGGACACCUUGAUCAGCUCUGACAAUUACUUCUAUUUUUUGUGUCUACAAGGCCAAUUCUCCCGAAGAUGCCACCCGGCUUAUCUAUCUCCGAAAGCACAUGUGAGACUAUCAUCACCAGGGGCAUUUGACGGCCUUCGAAUCCACACAGAUGAGAUCAAUGAGGUGAUUAAGCGCAUUACACCUCGCAGCCUAACCAUUGCCGUGGUCAUGGAUUCCAUGGACUGGUUUGAUCCCGAAGGGGAGGAGGCCUCCGCCCAGGCACAAAAACUCAACCAGGCCCUAAAAAUGGAUGGCCGUAUCCUUCUCCGCUCUGCUAGCAUUGAGCCCUGGUAUAUCCGAAACUUCGAGGAGAACGGAUUCACAGCCCGGCGUGUCGGUGCUCGAUUUCCGGGUAGCUGUAUUGACCGGGUGAACAUGUAUGCGUCUACUUGGAUCUGUACCAAGACCAGGGAGUUGGAACAGCCAUCGCCAGAUCGAUCGAUAUCUGUGUUGUCGUUGAAUGAUAGUAGGAGCAAGAGGUCGACAAGUGUUGAGGAUCUUCAGAUCUGA